AUGCAUUUUCUAUCAAAAAAUCUACUGCCAGUACUGGCGACCUGCCUACGUCUAUCGGCAGCUUUCACCAAUCCAAUCAGGAAACCUGGCCCCGAUCCCUCCAUGGUUUAUGCCGAUGGCAACUACUUCCUAACUUACACAUCCUACCACUCAAUCACAAUAACCCGCUCGCCAACGCUCUCUGGUCUCCUCAAUGGGGAGACGAAGACGAUAUGGACAGAUUCAGACCCUAAGAAGAAUGGAGACAUGUGGGCCCCGGAGAUGCACCAAAUCGACGGCACAUGGUACAUGUUCUACUCGUCAUGCGACUCUACCCGCCCAUGUUGUGAUACUUGUCGGACGCGCGUGUUGCGUGGCUGCCUUGGUCCCAAUCCCUAUGAUUGCACUUAUACUUACCAGGCCGAAUUGGUGCCUCCGAUCGGCAGCCAGGGCGGGGCCGGAGACUUUGCUUUCAGUAUCGAUGGGACGUAUCUGGAGAUCCCUGGAAAGGGGAGAUACCAUGUUCUAAGCAUCAUCGAUUCCAAUAGUCUUCAGUCCAUCGCGAUUACGGAGCUCGACACUGAGAAAUGGACCGUAAAGAAGUGGAACGUCAUUGCGGUACCCGAGCAGGCCUGGGAAAUCAGCGGCAGACCUGUAAACGAAGCUCCCCAUCCACUGUAUCACAAUGGCGAGAUAUGGCUCUCAUAUUCCGGGUCUUACUGCUGGACUCCAGAUUACUCACUUGGCCUCAUGAAGUACAACGGUGGAGAUCCUCUCCUGAAGUCUUCAUGGGACAAAACUGGGCCAGUAUUCUCCCAAGCGAACGGGAACUACGGUACUGGACACAACAGCUUCUUUACCUCACCUGACGGGACGGAGAUUUGGAAUGCUUUCCACGCCACAUCCAAUUCCGCAGGCUCAUGUGGCACCGACAGAUUUACAAUGACUCAGAUUGUCAAAUUUCCAACAGAAAACAGCAGUAUCCCAGACUUUGGGAUUCCUCAGCCGCUAGACUCAAUACUUACCAACCCUUCUGGGGAAUAG